CUCAAACUUAAAAUGACUUUACAUCCAGUUCUCUCUGGUGAACAGAUACUAGAACAGGUUAAAUCAAAUAAACUGUUUUAUAAUAAUACCCAGAAUGUGGAAACACCCCAUAUUUCGGCGGUAUUGUCUAAUGACGACGAUGAAUUAUUGGCCCAGAUUGGGUAUAAGCCGGAGUUGAAAAGACAUUUUUCCACUCUCCAAGUUUUCGGGGUUGCGUUUUCAAUCAUGGGGCUAUUACCUUCGAUUGCGAGUGUGUUAUCGUACGGUUUUCUUGCUGGUCCUAGUGGGUUACUCUAUGGGUGGAUUAUCUCAUCGUUGUUGAUUUUAUCAAUUGGUUAUAGUAUGGCAGUUAAUGGUUCUUCGAUUCCAACCUCUGGUGGUCUUUAUUAUUGGACUAAUUAUUAUGCUCCUCCCAAAUUGAAAACAGUGAUCAGUUAUUUGGUUGGUAAUACUAAUUCAAUUGCUUUGGUUGGGGCUCUUUGUAGUAUUGAUUAUGGGUUUUCUCAAGAAUUACUUUCAAUCGUGGUUAUUGCUAAAGAUGGGGAUUUUGAAGUCACUCCAUCUAAAACCUAUGGUGUUUUCGUUGCUUGUGUUUUAACCCAUAUCCUAAUCACUUGUGCUUCCCUGAAAAAUUGUUCUUGGUUACAAACUACUUCAAUCAUUGUUAACGUUGUUUUAAUCAUUUUUUUCAUUAUUGCUUUACCAAUUGGUGCAAGAAAUAAUUUUAAAAGUGCUAGUUUUGUUUUUGCUAAUUUUGAUAACUUGACUAAUUUCCCAAUUGGCUGGGUACAGUUGUCUCAGGCCUGGUUGCCUGCAAUUUGGACUAUUGGUGCCUUUGACUCAGUGGUUCAUAUGUCAGAAGAAUGUGCCAAUGCCACUAGAGCAAUCCCAAUUGGUAUCUUAGGUAGUAUCACUGCUUGUGGUUCUAUUGGUACUAUAAUCAUCAUUGUCAUUCUUUUCUGUAUUCAAACCGAUGAUAUUGAAACCCAUAUUCUUGGUUCAAAAUUUGGUCAACCUUUAGCUCAAAUCAUUUACGAUGUCUUGGGUAAAAAAUGGGCUAUUUUCUUUAUGGUUUUCGUUGCCAUUGCUCAAUGGAUGAUGGGUGCUUCAACCCUUACUGCUAUCAGUCGUCAAAUUUGGGCUUUUGCUAGAGAUAAUGGUCUUCCUUUCUCCUUUUGGAUUAAGAGAGUUAAUAAAAAAUUAUCAGUUCCAAUUAACGCCGUUAUCACUGGUGGUGUUUUGGCAAUUUUAAUUGGUUUAUUAUGUAUAAUUGGUACCGCUGCUUCUACUGCCUUAUUCACUCUUUAUAUCGCUGGUAAUUAUUUUGCUUGGGGAGUUCCAACCUUGUUAAGAUUAACCACCGGUAGACAUUUAUUCGAGCCGGGUCCUUUCUAUCAUGGUAAACUUAUCAAUGAUGUAAUUGGAUGGAUUUCAACCAUAUUUAUCGCCUUCAGUAUAGUGAUGGUUAUGUUCCCAAGUAAUAGAAACCCCAGUGUGGAUGAUAUGAAUUAUACCUGUGUUAUAACGCCAGGAGUUUGGAUUCUUUCUCUUGGUUAUUACCUCAUCUAUGCCCAUAAAAUUUAUCAUGGUCCUCGUAAAACAGUGGCAGAAGAAGAGGAAGAUGCAGAUGAAGAAGAGAGAGCUGGGUCAAGCUUGUCAGAUAACGCUGGGUUUUCUCCAGUUAAAACCGAAAUACUUGAUGGUGUUGAAGAAAAAUUAUCAAAUGGUGAAGCCCAUGUCAGAGAACGAAAAGUUUAAGAGAC